UCCAGUUCGUUCCGCCUCGCCUCGUGCAAGGUCCUCGUCCAGUCCUCUGACCCAAGUCUCUCUUUUCUUGUCACAAGAGCUUUCCAGCUUCCUAUCCCCGCCUCUUGUCAUCUCAUCCACUCCGCCCACCCUUCCCCCGCCCACUUAUCGCUAUUCCUGCAUAGCCCUUUCCUCCACUGCACAUACUAGCCAUGGCCCCCUACGACGAGAAGCUCAACGCGACCGAGGAGGAGCAGGUCCAGAUGCUCGAGGUUCGCGAGAAGGACGAUGGCGACCUGCUGCCCUCACCCGUCUCCGCCACCGCGCCCCGGCCUGCAGCAGCCAGCAAACCGAAGGUGUCGGCGGCCAUGAUCAUUCCUAUCUGGAUCGUGCUCAGCUCGGCGGUCAUCAUCUACAACAACUACCUGUACAACACCCUCCAGUUCCGCUUCCCCGUCUUCCUCGUCACUUGGCAUCUGACGUUCGCUGCCAUCGGCACUCGCGUCCUUGGCAAGACAACACAUCUACUCGAUGGUGUCAAGGACGUCAACAUGUCGAAAGACAUGUUCCUCCGCAGCAUCCUCCCCAUCGGUCUGCUCUUCAGCGCGUCCCUCAUCCUGAGCAACACCGCAUACCUCUAUCUCUCGGUGGCGUACAUUCAGAUGCUUAAGGCGUUCGUCCCAGUAGCGAUCCUGCUCAUCUCGUGGACAUUCCGGAUCCAAGACCCUAGCAAGCGCCUCGCAGUGAUCGUGCUCAUGAUCUCGUCCGGCGUUGCCCUCGCGUCACGCGGAGAGCUCCGCUUCAACCUCGUCGGUUUCGUCAUCCAGGCCGCUGCCGUCGUCUUUGAGGCCUCCCGGCUGGUGAUGAUCGAGAUCCUCCUGCACGGCAUGAAGAUGAACCCGCUCGUGUCCCUGCACUACUACGCGCCGGUAUGCGCACUCAUCAACCUCCUCGUUAUUCCCUUCACCGAGGGCCUUGCGCCCUUCUACGAGAUCAUGCGUGUCGGUCCGCUCAUCCUGAUCUCGAACGCUGCGAUCGCGUUCCUGCUCAACAUCGCCGCCGUCUUCCUCGUCGGCGCGGGGAGCGGGCUCGUGCUCACCCUCGCGGGCGUGUUCAAGGACAUCCUGCUCAUCACCGGCUCCGUGCUCAUCUUCGGCGCGCAGAUCACGCCCUUGCAGGUCGUCGGGUACUCGAUUGCGCUCCUCGGCCUCGUCCUGUAUAAGACGACCGGCAGCAACGUCCAACUCGCUGGUUCACGCCCCAGCCAUCCCUGGAGGGAGGAAGGAAGCUGCGAUCCAAACCCUUUCCGGUCUCUGGCUCGAACAUUCAGCAUUAAACAACGCCUGCGCUUUGUGAUUGUCGUUCUGGCUGGGAUGUAUCAUAAGGCAUGA